GUGGCAGAGUGGCUGCAGGGAGUGAGAGAGAGCGAGAGAGAGAGAGAGAGCGGAUACCCAAAGGAUCUAACUGAGAGGAAUCCCUGAAGAAAACCUGGAGAUAGAAGAGAGAGUGUAAAGAAGAAGAAGAAGAAAAAAGAGGACAAUUAAGGGAUGACAUAACCAAAGACAUGAGGAUCCUACAGCUGAAUGAAUGUGCUAAAAUCUUGAGCUUCAACCAACACAACUAAAGACACGGGACCUCGACCCCAACGCAACCAAAGUACUUUUAUGCCAAAGCGACUCAAACCAAACAGAACCAAACCAAACCAAACGUCCCGAGCUCAAACCACCUGCAGAGUGUUAUUUAUAUUCUGAAGAUGAAGCUGGAUAAUGCACCAGGAGACAUGAGCGCGUGGAGGGAGCUGGACUUUGCCCUCAACUGCACCUACAUCGUCCCGGACCAGGUGUCGGACCCCAGCUUCAGGCUACCCAAAGCCAUGACCUCCAUCCCACGCAACCUCACCUUUGAGUACGGCACAGACAACGAGGUGACGGGUGUGUUCAGCAAAGAAUACAUCCCUCAGGGGACACGCUUCGGGCCCCUGCAAGGAGACAUCUACACCAAAGACAACGUAUCCAAGCAGGCCAACAGAAAAUACUUCUGGCGGAUCUACAGCGGUGGCCAGCUUCAGAACUUCCUCGAUGGCUAUGACGUCCACAGGAGCAACUGGAUGCGCUACGUCAACCCGGCCCGCUCUCUGGCCGAGCAGAACCUGGUGGCGUGCCAGAACGGCCGGGACAUCUACUUUUACACCAUCCGGCCGGUGGAGCCCAAGCAGGAGAUGCUGGUCUGGUACAGCCAGGAGUUCGCCCAGAGGCUCUGUGGCCAGCAGGACGACAUCAAACAGAAAUACACAAGCACCGAUGAAGACCACGACUCCGAGUACGCCAAGCACCUACCUCAGCAGACGUGGUUUAAAGAGAGGACAAAGGAGGAGGUGAAGGAAGAGCGGGACGAAGAGGGAGAGGAGAAGAUCGACGUGGAGAUGCUGGAGAGAGACACUCCCCCCGACACGCCGGACGAGCAGAUCAUGGACUUCAGCAAAAAGGUUGAGAACGAGGAGAGGAGCGACAGAGAUCGGCAGAACCAGGGGAUCAUUCCGUCCCCUCAGCCCGAACACAGAGAACCCAUCCUGGGCUUGAACCACCCGUACCUGCCUGAGCACCACCCUGUGCUCCCAACUCCACACCGAAAUCUCCCGCUGCAUCUCCACGGCCUCUACGGCCACAGGGAGGGGCUGGUGUCUUCUUACCCUCUCUUCCACCAGUCCAGACCCCUCCAGCACCCUUACCAGCUUCUCCCCCCCUACGGGCCACACUACCCUCGCCUCCUGCUCCCCUCGUACUCCCCUCCCUUUCCCGGGAUGAUCCCCUCAAGAGGAUCCCUCCGAUACGGCAGCUACCUGGGCACAGACAGUCUCCCAUACCCCCCCAUCGGCUCACCCAAUCUAAUCCCAGUGUCCCUCCCCUACCCUCCUUCCCCGCAGGGUGGUCUGAAAGAACUCACGGCAAAUGUGUCGCCACCUCGAGGCGCCCCGGCCACGCCAGAGCUCUCUCCUCUCCCCAAACCCAGCAGCCAGCAUCAAUCCCCCGAGCACUCGCCCUCCAGCUGCGAGGAGGCCAUGAACCUGAGUCUGGCUGCGGCCAAAAGCCACGCAGCGCCGCGCAAUGGCCCCGGCCACAAAUCCCUGCCCUACCCACUGAAGAAGCAGAACGGGAAGAUCAAAUACGAAUGUAACAUCUGCUCGAAGACUUUCGGACAACUGUCGAAUCUCAAGGUACAUCUCCGAGUGCACAGUGGCGAGAGACCGUUCCAGUGCAACUUAUGUAAGAAAAGCUUCACUCAGCUGGCCCAUCUCCAGAAACACCACCUGGUCCACACCGGGGAGAAGCCACAUGAAUGCCAGGUGUGUCACAAACGCUUCAGUAGCACCAGCAACCUGAAAACCCACCUGCGGCUCCACUCCGGAGAGAAACCCUACCAGUGCAAGCUGUGCAGCACCAAGUUCACCCAGUACAUCCACCUCAAGCUGCACCGCCGCCUCCACAGCAGCCGCGACCGCCCCUACCACUGCCAGCUCUGCGCCCAGGCCUUCUUCCACCGCUUCUCCCUCCGCAUCCACCAACGCAGCUGCUGCCUGGCCAGCUCCGGCGCCCCCGUCAGCGUGCACAUGAAAGAGAUGGUGGAGCGCUUCGACGCCAGCCAAGAAGCAGACACGCUCGCCGAGACGGCAACUGCGCCGCAGGUGGAGGAGGCCGUUGAGCGUUGGUUGGCUCGCACGUUGGAAGGCGAGGGGAAGGAGGACCAGAGGGAGGCCACCAUCCUGCUAAAGGCCCUGACAGCAGCUAUCAACGCACCUGCCAUGUCCCUGGCCCAAUCAGUUGUACCCACGUCACAUCACAGCCCGCCGCUGGCCUAUCAGGAGAGGGCCAGUGUUGUUCAUCUCCACAAACGGCCGACGGUGAAGGCCGAGGGACAGUGAGGAGAACAAAUAAAGAUGAACAUACAGCAUAUCAUCAACAAAGAAGAACAGAUGUCGCCAAAUAAAACUCCCUGUUUUGUCCACGAGGGGCAUCGCAGGGAUUAUAAACUGUCAUAAUCCACCGAGCGCAACACCAAAAGAAGAGCAAUCCAAAGACUGGGCGAGGGUAUUCAGUGAUUGUACUUCCUCCCAAAACUCAAGUUUAAAAUAUUACAAAGAGGGAGGCAUUGUCAAGCUGUGAAGUAUUUAAAACUCUUUUCACUCAGGUAGAGAAGUGUUUGCUUUUUGUGCUUUAACUUAUUACUUUUGUUUUUUAUUUGAGUCGUCUAUAUUUAUUUAGUUUUGUCAUAGUUUGUUUUGGCUGUUAGUGUUUUUUUCUAUGUCGAAUAUUUCCCUGGGGAUCAGAUCUCUUGGGGGAACCCCACAAAAUGGACUCAGGAACAAUGACGUGGCAUAAACCUGUGUAUGAGUCUUCAAUUGUUCUAAUUGUGUAUUUGUUUUACUUUAUGUGAGUGUGUUUGAGCCGCUGGGUGUGUGUGUGUGUGUGUGUGUGUGUGUGUGUGUGUGCAGCGAGUGGGAGUACGUGAAAGACAGUGAUAGCACAAACCACCUUCCUGCUCCUCGACUGUUUUAUUUAUUUAUGAUUAAAAAGGGAAAAAAUCAGGUAUCUUGAUGAGCGAUUGCCAAAAUUACAAUGAAAGAACGUGAAUGUGUCGCACUGUGUUUGGUUCCAUUUAUUCAACUGGUUUUUAAGGGAAACGAUUCAGGAUCAUUCACAACAUAAAGACUUGAUGCGAUUGCACUGUCACAACAGCGUCACGUGCUUUUUUCUUCUUUCAAACUGAAAAUCAACGUCUCUUGCUAAGUAGCUUUUUACCAGAUCGAAAUGUUUCAGAUGUUUUCUUACACAAACUUAUACGUACUUAUACUUAUACGUAUGCAGCUUUACCGCAGAAUUCAUCCAAAUGUACCUCAGCAACAAAAACAAGCAAAUCAGGAGCAACCUUUUCUAGCAUUGUUAAUAUUUGUGUCACUUAGCACUGGAGUUUUAAAAUGUAAGUAGAUCUGUCCGUGUUUACGUAAAAAAAAAAAACCCAGGAGGAGGCAGGAAGUGUUCUUGAAAACUUUACUACUGAGUCAGUAAUGUCUUUUUUAUAAUUUUUGUAGUUUGAUUUCGUUUUUUAUACAAUAUGUUUCUAUAUUUAGUUUAUUUUUCGAAACAGGUUAUGAGAUGUUCAGAAUUUAUAUGUGAGAGACUAUUUUGAUGAUACUUUUAUAUUUACAUGAUGUAGCAUAUUAAAGAUAUUGUUUCUAUACA